AUGUUCCUCUCACUCACACUGACUCUGCUGGUUCUCUGCUCUGGGACAGCUACAAGCGCCAACAGAGUGGAUUAUGACUACUUCAAGUAUCACCGCAUGGAAGAGAUCACCAAAUGGAAGUCGGACAUGGUCGCCGCUCACAAAGACCUUGUGAAACUCGUGGAAUACGGGAAAACCUACGAGAAUCGCACCAUCGACCUCCUUAAGAUUGGUUUUAAGGGACAGAACAAGAAGAUCAUCUGGAUGGACUGUGGAAUCCAUGCAAGGGAGUGGAUCGCUCCUGCUUUCUGCCAGUACUUUGUCAAAACUCUUCUGGAAAGUUCCAAAACGGACCCGAAAGUGGAGCUGAUGCUGAGGAACAUGGACUUCUAUGUGACGCCAGUGUUGAAUGUGGACGGAUACAUGUUCACCUGGACCAAUGAGACCAAUCGUCUGUGGAGAAAGAACAGAACUCCUGGUUCGUGUGGCUGCUUCGGCACAGACCUCAACAGGAAUUUCUACUCCAACUGGGGAACUAAGGGCGUGUCUUUCAACUGCUGCUCGAACACAUACCCUGGUCAGGGGCCCGUGUCAGAGCCUGAGGCCCAGGCCCUGACUCAGUUUGUGGGGAACAUCUCAGAUAACGUCCUGGCCUUCCUCACCAUCCACUCCUACGGACAACUGUUGCUGAUCCCCUACGGACACCCAGAGGUCAUCGCCCCCAACCACGACCAGCUGAUGGAGGUGGGUCUGGCUGCAGCUGAAGCCAUAGAGAAAGUCCACGGGAUGAAAUACAAAGUGGGCACCUCUCCGACUAUUCUGUACCCGAACUCAGGCUCGUCCCGGGACUGGGCGCGCCUCCAGGGGAUCCCCUACACCUUCACCUUUGAGCUACGGGACAAUGGCACCCACGGCUUCCUGCUGCCUCAGGAGCAGAUCCAGCCAGCCUGUGAGGAGGCCUACAGCGGGGCCAUGACCAUCAUCAGGCACGCCCAUCAGGAGGCCUUCAGCAGGGCCCCUGAGACAGCAGCCUUGUGGGGGCCCUUGCUGCUGAUGGCCAUGGCCCAGUGGAGCCUCGGAUGCAGCCUCUGA